AUGCCACACAGACUUUUACCUUGUCGGGCCCUCAGUCCACAUGUCGUUCCGAGCAGGACUGCACUCCCCAUAACGACAUGCCGGUUGUCCAAAAGGUAUCUUGCCGGUGAGACUGGCGACAACAAUACUGGGCACAUUACCACCGCGGCCCAGGAAGGAAUUUUAUUCUUCAACAACAUCUUACCGCCCAAUCUUUCAUGGCUAGCCCGAAUCACCUCUGCAUUUGGGAAGAAUAACAAGCUGGCAAAAUUCAACGCGGGCGGCUAUGCUGUAGUAAAUCCCGCCAAAGUUCUUGCGAAAGCUACUGGUGAUGGUUCUGUUGGGCGGACCGAGGUAGUCGAGGUCUUGACGCGAUUUGGCGAGGGCGGUGCUUUUGUGAAGUUCCAGCACGAUGGAAACGCAAAGGCCGUUGCCGAUGCGGUGCACCGACACCUAGAAACACACGCCGCCAGACCAUGGUGGAAUCCCUUCACGGACGUCCGAGCGAGCCUUGUGCUUGGGAAGCCAUGGGUGGAGGAUCUCUCGCGCCGUCCAUCCCGGCGUCUACGCGCUGAGUUUCUCCCAACUGAACCUGGUGCAGAAGUCGCCGAGCUCAGUGUGGAACAACUGUAUGCGCAUUUCCGUCCCUUUGGAAAAUUGUCAGACAUAAUUUCACAGCCGUCAGACUCGAAGGUCACCCCUCGUUUCGCCUACAUCGACUUCUCCCAGUUCAGGAAAGCAAUCAUGGCCAAAAAUUGCUUGCACGGCUAUAUUGUGUCAGAGUCCGAGGGCGGUGGGAAAAUGGGGACCGUACUUCGAUUAACUUAUGAGAAAAAGCAGCGUGCAGGAUGGGCGAAGGAUUGGAUCUUCGGCCAUCCGCGUAUCGCAAUACCCAUCUUGGCCGCACUGGUUGCAGGGAUCACUGUGGCGAUAUUCGAUCCUCUCCGGACGUUGUCCAUCAAAGCUCACAUCACGCGAGCCUUCCACAUCGAGGACAACGCCAUUUUCCUUUGGUUCCGUCGUCAAGGCGAGGAUCUGAUCAACAAGGUGAAGCAAUUCGGCCGAGAUGCGGAGUAUGCAGACGGUGGUAUGGGAGUGGUUUGGGAGGACCGACAAGCUGAAAUCGAGAAAUUGCAAUCGUGGCUUUUGGAGAACGGAGAUAAUUUCAUUGUCGUCCAAGGACCUCGCGGUAGUGGCAAGCGGGAACUCGUCCUGGAUCAUGCAUUGCACCAUAAGCGGGAGGCCAAACGAGUGCUUGUUAUUGAUUGCAAACCCAUCCAGGAGGCCCGCGGUGAUGCUGCGACGAUCGCAUCUGCUGCAGCACAGGUUGGAUAUCGGCCAGUAUUUAGCUGGCUCAACAAUGUCAGCGGUCUUAUGGAUCUCGCCGCACAAGGUAUGACUGGGAGCAAGGCUGGAUUCUCGGAAACACUGGAAAAUCAGCUUGUCAAGAUAUGGACCAACACAUCGGCGGCUCUGAAAAGUAUUGCACUCGACAGCCGCCAGAAAGGUGACAAAGACUACAAGCUAGGUGACGAUGAAUACAUGGAGGCGCAUCCAGAGCAUCGGCCGGUGGUGGUGAUUGAGAAUUUCCUGCACAAAAGCAACGAACCCGGAGCCGCCCUUGUCUACGAUAAGCUUGCUGAGUGGGCAGCUAGGCUCACUACCUCCAACAUCGCGCAUGUCAUAUUCCUGACGAAUGAUGUGAGCUUUAGCAAGUCCCUGAGCAAGGCCCUGCCAGAUCGCGUCUUCAGACAGAUCAGCCUCGGAGACUGCUCACCCGACGUAGCUAAGCGCUACGUGAUCAAUCAUCUCGACUUCGACGCAAAGCGCUCAACUGAAGAUGACGGCACCAAGAGUCUUACGCCCAGCCAGAAGCGAGAAGAUCUCCAGGAGCUCGAUGAGGUGAUAAGUCUAUUAGGAGGACGAUUGACAGAUCUCGAGUUUUUUGCUCGGCGUAUCAAGACCGGGGAGACACCGACAAAAGCUGUGGGCGAAAUCGUAGAUCAAUCCGCAUCAGAGAUCAUCAAAAUGUUCCUGCUUCUCGGCAGUGAGUCGCGUGAUUGGAACUCCGCUCAAGCAUGGUUGCUAGUCCGCGAUCUUGCAGAGAACGGAACUAUGCGAUACAAUGAGCUCCUCCUCAGAGACACCUUCAAAUCCGGAGGUGACAAGGCACUAGCAGCACUCGAACAAGCAGAGCUCAUCGCUGUGCAGUCUCUUAACGGGAGACCAUACUCCGUGAAGCCCGGCAGGCCCGUCUACCACGCUGCGUUUCAACGGCUCGUGCAAGAUAAUGUCUUGCGGGCGAAGAUGGAGUUGCAGAUUUUGGGAGAUGCAAUUGCUCUGGAGAACAAGGCUAUAGAUAAGUAUGAGCAAGAGUUGCAUCUGCUCAGCGAGUUGCCGAAGCAGCCUCGAGAAUUGUAUGAACGCGUACAGUGGCUAUGUGCAAAGAUUGCUGGGGGCCAGUCGAGGAUCGUCAGUUACGAGAAGGAGAGCAGUGCUAUGAAGUCCAUCCUAUCGACGGAGUAUUGA